AUGUCCGCCGAUGCUGACGCAUUGUUUAAUCAAGCAUUAGAAGAAUUAGAAAGGACAUUCCGGAAUUCAAAGCGUCGUAGUGGCUCAUCGAACCAGUUUUUUCCUCAUCAAAAAAAUGAAGAGACGGCUAUAAUGAAUUCGCAGAGUAAUUACUUUCCUAGUUCUAGCAGUAAUGCUAGUUAUUCCGAUAAUUAUCAUUCCGAUAUUGGAAAUAUAGCAUCACGAAGAGAAACCCUUUGGGCACAAAUUGUUGACAGUGAGAAAACAGAUGAGAUAUUGAGAUUUAAACUCGACCAUCUGAGGAGGGAAAUGAUCAAAAACAAAAAAGAAAUAGAAGAGAUCAAGCAGUCUAUUGAUAUGCACAGUUCGUAUAGCGAUUUGCAAUCAUGGCAAAUACAGUUACUAUCAGAAGUUUCCAGUAUGAAUCUAUCCUAUGCGCAUUUAGAAAGAGAACGUCUAAUCAAUCAAGAUAAAUUAAGAGGACUAAAGAUGAAAUACAAUGCGUUAGCAGAAGAUUCUUCUGAAUCUGACCGGAACUCUGCUGAUACUCAAAAAAUUGUUUCUGCUCAUUAUCAAAGAAGCUAUCAGGAUUCUCCAGAUUCAGUUCGAUUACCUUUAGCCCUUUUAAAACCAUCUAUCAAGGAUAAUAAUGAGAAUAGUAAACCAUUUAGUAGUAAACGAUCUCAAAGUGAACCUGAUCUAGGUAAAAUGGAAGAAUGUUCACCAAAAACAGAUGGAGAAGCAAAGAAUCGUUGUUAUACAAAAGAUGAAGUUCGUUUACUGAAGAGAGAACUAUCAUGCCUGAUGGUUAAUAAGAUGAGAACAUCACUUCAUAGAAAGUCAAUAGAUACUCAAUCAGAAAUAUCAGAAAGUACUGCUACAUCACCUCUAUGCAAUCUCAAAGAUAUAGUUUCUCAUCCAAAAUUAUCUGAAUUUCUCAAGUUCAGUAUACCGGAUAUCAUUCAAUGGAUGAAAAUCAUUGGAUUUGAAUCAUAUGCUCAUAAAGUAAAUCAUCAUAUACGAGGCCCUCAACACUUGCUCAACUUAACAUCAGCAGAGUUAGAAAAAAUGUUAUCAAUGCGCAAUAGCUUACAUCGCAAGCGUUUCCUCAUUUUACUCGAAAGCGUGCAUCGCAAUGAAAAACCCAUCAAUCAUCAAUUUGAUGUUUAUGCCACAUUGAACUGGUUGGAACUGAUUGGACUGCCUCAAUAUAAAACAAACAUAAUGGAGAAUAUGAUUGAUGGCACUCUACUCACAUAUCUCACUGGAUAUGAUCUUCGAGAAAUUGGAGUUCGUAAUGCUUUGCACUUCUUAGCCAUAAAAUGGAGUUUAAAUCGACUUUAUGCAAACAACUUCUCAUUAGAUUGCUUUUCUAAAUCAUUAACCUCUGCUCAUGAUGAUAUAUCAUCAUGGAGUCAUUCAUCUACAUGUGAAUGGAUAUCAUCCCUUGACUUAAAAGAUUUUAUGCCCAAUCUAUUCGGUUAUGGUUGUCCCGGUGUUCUUAUGAUAUCAGAGCCAUUAUUCACAGCUGAGUCAUUAGCUGACAUUCUCAAAAUUCCAUCAUCGAAGACACUCCUUCGACGUCAUCUAACAAUUCAUUUUAAUAAAAUGGUUGGCUCAUCAGUUGUAUCAGAUAAAAGGGAGUACCUGAUAUCUCGUAAAAAUCAUAUAGUAACAACUGAUUGUCAAAUAAAGGACAUAAAAAAGCGUUUACCAUUCAAUCUCGCAAGCAAAAAAUACAUAUUCACGGAUUUAAAUGCUCGUUUAAUCGUUUAA